UAUACUGAGACAACCGAGCGUGAUGGCGGUGUUGUACGUCAGUUAACUCAGUUCUUAUAUAAAACUCAUACACACAUGCAGAUUUAUGAUACAUUGGCAUCUGAAGCAUGAGCACUGAAGAGCAUUAAAGGAGCUGCUGACUGACAGUGAGAGAGGUUUGUUCUUGCACUGAAUCAAAGAACAGGAGGACAAGAGAGUUGGCUGGCAGAAGCAACAGAAAGCAGAACAAAACUAAAGAGGACUGACCUUCUUCCUUCCUGUGGACCGAGCAUCUGAACAGAAGACACACAGAAGAGGCUGUCAGAUAUGAGUCUGGGGCCGGCAUGCAUUUUCCUGAGAGGAUCUAAAAACACUGAGCGUCCACUCGCUGAUGAGGAGCUAGAAGAGCUACGUGAGGCGUUCGCAGAGUUUGAUAAGGAUAAGGAUGGUCUGAUCAGCUGUAAAGAUCUGGGCAACCUGAUGAGGACAAUGGGUUACAUGCCCACUGAGAUGGAACUGAUUGAACUUAGCCAGAACAUCAACAUGAACCUUGGAGGAAGUGUAGAUUUUCAGGAUUUUGUUGACCUCAUGGCCCCAAAGCUACUGGCAGAAACGUCUGGAAUGAUCGGACUGAAAGAGUUGAAAGACGCAUUUAAAGAGUUUGAUAUGGACGGUGACGGCUCUAUCACCAUCGAAGAGCUGAAGCAUGCAAUGCUAAAGCUGCUAGGUGAAAACACAAACAAGAAGGAAAUAGAAGCGGUGGUCCGAGAAGCAGACAAUAAUGGAGACGGGACCGUUGAUUUUGAGGAGUUUGUCAAAAUGAUGUCUAAAAAUUGAGAAUGCACCCGUGACGUUAAAGAAGGCCUGAGACAAUCUUUCCAGAGACGGAAACAUCUGCAUCGGUCAGACCGUCAAUAAAGUUAAUGGCUACAGUAGGCUAUGCAUAUGGGAACAUUUUUUUAAUACCAUUUUUUUGUGUGUAUUUAUAUCUUACUCUUUGAGUACCACUGUGUUUUGCUUUACAUUACCUCAAACACUGAAUCCUCUAUAAACUGUAAAUGAUAAUAAUGUCAUAUAUCAGUAUUAUGUAACAAUAUUUCAGUGCAUGUUUGACAUACAGUAUAUGUUCAGAAUAGGAUUGCAUCUUUCAUUGGACACACAUACUUGAACUUUUGGCAUAAAACCAAAUUAAAGAUUCUCUGACUGUUAUUACUUUUUCA